UGAAAUGAAAGCGACGCGGCGCGAGUGUAAGGGGCAAAUCGGCGGCGUGUGCGAGAAAAAUACGACGGAAACGACGUCUAUGUAUCUGAUAUCGUCUGUAUAGUAUACGCAUAGUGACAGUAAGUAGUGCAGUGCAGUGAAGUGCAGUGCGGUGCAGUGCAAAAUUUAAUAUCAAUUAGGUAGCCCUACCUGCUAUAACGACCUUUGCCGGUGUAUGCGAAUUCGCGACCAAAAAAAAAGAGACGAAUUAGGGAAGCAAAGUGCACAUCAGCAUCUCCAGAUCUGGUAUCGGUACAUCGGUGAGAUAUUUUACGAGGCGGCCGGCGCCAAAGGCCCGCUCAAGUUUUCAAGCUAACUGACCUACCAUGGAUAGCAGAGUCACCGGUGGUGUCAAAAUCUGAGUGUGAGUCACUAUUUGAAGCUGUCGUUGCCGGUGUCACAUGCAAAAUUGCAAUAGUAAUGAACGAAUUUGUGGUCGCAAAUGCCAUUGCCCAAAGUGCAACGAAUCGAGUAUCGUGUAGCUGCCUUUUAGCGAUCAGUGUCAGCAGAUCACACUCACCGUACCAAUACUUACACGCAAACGAUCCAAUUUACUAGGUACAAUGAAAAUGCGUAACUCGCUCCUGCUGGUUGCACUGGUACUUGUUCAGUAUGCGACAGCCACAUCGAUAGCCGAGCAGAUCAAUCUGCAAGCCACGAAUACCAAGCCAAUGGUCAUCAAACAGCCAAUGGUUCCUUUAUACCAUGAGAGUUUAGAAAACGAUCAAGACGACAUGGAAGAAGAAGAUGCCGCAUCAUCACCUUCCGAGCUGAUCGAAACACACGUACUACCAGAUAUGCCCGACUCAGCAGGCGCUGGCUUAGGUGAAGGCGGCAGCGCCGUUGAUGGUUAUGGCGUCGAAAAUGUUCAACGUGUUCGAAGACGUCGUCGUCGUCGACGUCGAAAGCGACCAAAGCCCAUCACAGAAGCGCCACCAGUCUCGGCCUCGUCUGCAGCCCCAAUUGCACCCGAAAAGCCACCUGACAGCCUCGACGCAUACUAUACUCUACCUCAAGAUGAAAUACGAAGGAAACCUUUCAAGUAUCGCGAUGGUGCCGUUGAAGAAAAUCCAGAUGCUUUGGUACCACCAGAACCAGAAGCGGCAGUCUAUGGCGAUGGACCCAACAACAGUUACCCUCCUAGAAGAGUAACAAAACGACGACGAAGACCGUUCAAAAGACCAAUUGAAGACUACCCAUCUUUAGAUAAUGGCGAUGAAUCGUGGAUAAACCCACAACACAAUGCAGACAAGCCUGUUCAAAGUCCACAUCCCCAAAAUUCAGUCAUCAACAACCACAAACCAAUCACCAUAGCUGUCACAACUACUACUACCACACACCCCACAAUCAUCACCACCACAUCAAAGAAACCAGAUUUGCCAAAACCAACAACAACCGUGAAUCGCAAUAAAGUACAGCCAUCUUCAUCAUCAUCAUUGCCACCAACGACUUCUUUGCCUCCUUCAAAAGAUGACGAUUUGCAAACACUGAAAAAAGCUGCAGCUGUUGCCAUUCAAGAAGACGUAGACAAUUCAUUGAAAAGGCGAAAGCGUCCAGCCACCGCACAGAAGACACAACAUGAAAAUGAAAUCAAAGAUGCUCCAGACAACCCUUCCAAUGACAUACAAAAUUCUGUGUCACAAAACCAACAUCAUGGUCACAUUGAGGAGAACGUUGUGGUUAGUCUGAAACCAGACCAACACUCAAAAUUAGUUCAGAAUAGAAAAGAAUUAUUCAAACCUCGCAGACUUCCGCUGACUUCAGCCAUACUUCGAAAUGCCAAACUCAGAUCCACUGCAUUGCCUUCAACAACACCCAAACCUGAUACUGCAAAUCAUGAUAGCGAUGAAGAUGAUGAUGAAACAAUUGUCACAGAAAAAUCGCAGACUUAUUCAGUAAUUUCGACUUCAUCUUCCAAUGUUUUGACAGUUGUUAAGAGCAAUCAUGCUCCAGAAUCACACGAUGACCACUACCAUCCAAACACAGAAUCCACAACAACCACGUCCAAGUUCAAGCUAGUCAAAGUUAAUGAAAACAAAGAGUCACACGACAUUAAUAAAACUGUAAACGCUGACAAUGAUUCUGAUGAGGCUGAAGAUGACUUACCAAGUGGGACUGUGAAUUUCCCAUUCCCCAUAAUUUCACAUAAGACACUAAAACAGCAUGUUCUGCCCAAGGCAGGUCUUGGUGUAGCUAAUUCAAACGUGUCUGCAUUCUUGUCAUCCAAUGAUGAUCGUCUAGCCAUCAUCUACGUGCCUUGCAAUCAAACAGUAGCUGAUAACUUACUCAAAACCGGCGCUGCCUAUGUUCAUAAAGCUGAGGCAGAUGAUUCUGAAAAAACAGAAAACACCGAAAAUACCGAGUCAUCAGCAUCCAGAAAAAUCAGUACAACACGAUUACCAAAUGGGCUAACAUAUCCACAAACAGUCAAGUUUUCAUCAGAAACAACAUCUGUGACUUACUCUCAUGAAAAUUCCACCAAAUCCUCCUCCACCAAGCCCAGCACCACAGUACCAUCAUCAUCUUCACCUGCAUCAGUUACAACUGAAAAAUCAGAUUCUACCAGCACUAGUACCAUAGUCAGUGGUACAUCACCUUAUGUUAGCAGAGAAGCCAAACAUUACCAGGACAACAUUGCUGCUUCCAAAUCUAAAUUUGAAUCAGCCAAAAAUGAGCAAACACCUACAUCCUCAAUUCGCAAACCAUAUCCAUCACCUGUUAUCAAUCAAGCCUUUGUGAAGCCAUUCGCUGGCUCCAGCAAAGAAAUCAUAAUUUCAUACACUAGUACAACAAAUUCACCACCAUCGCUGUUUUCCUACCACAAUAUUGAUAGCGCUGAUGAGCAAAUAUCAUUGCAGCUGAGAAAUCAUAACAAUCAUACUGGUGGUCUGCUUCGUAAACCGUUUGAUGAGAAUUUGCUCCUUAAUGGUGCUAGUAGACAGCAUCACAAUCAUCAUCAGCAGCAACAUCAUCAAGUCGAACGUAAAAAAUUACCAUUGGCUGUGAAAUCAGCCAUCAUAAUCAGCGGAGCUAUACUGGCAUUGGCUGUUUUGGGCUUCUUUGCGCUGUUAUUAUCUUGUAAAAUACGCCAGGCUAAAUCUAGAAUGAAAUGCCACCGGGAGCUUUACCGUAACCAAUUUCAAAGCAGUGAAUUUCGACAAAGCUCACGAAGUACUAGUCCUGUCAUGUCUAAAUCCAAUUACAAUACUAGAAAUUUUACCAAUAAUAUGCAGCCUAAUCCCGUUGCUCCUAAUAGGAAUUAUUACCUUUGGGAAACUUUGAGAAAAACAUUCCAGUAUGAUUGAACAAAUCAAUUGAAACGUUGCUGGGGUUUGAUUAAGUAUACCUAUAUUGAAAUGUGUUUGAAUCAACUGUCGCUUUCAUUUUGAGUUCGCUAUCAUUCUUGCACUGAACUGUAACACACAUCGAUGUGGUGUGGCAUGGCAUGGCUUAUGGUGGUGAUUAACAUGAGUUCUUUUUUCAUUGGUUUUGUAACUAUACUUAUUCUUUGGAGCCAAUGCUGCGUAUCUCCUGCCAUUUUUUAUCCUCCGUAUUUUUCUUUGUCACUUUCAUUAGUUUUAGUUUACAUGUAUCUAGAAAGGUAAUUAUUUAUUACAAACGAUUUCGACUGUAAAUAAGUACCUACCAAUUUGAUAGGGCUAGGUACAUUUUUAAUUUACUAACCUAGCAACAGUGUCUAUAAAAUAGGAGAAUUGUCAUCUUCAUCUUUUAUGUCAACCAGUGAAGAUGUAAAGUAAAAAAUAUAGCCUACCAAUAUUUAUGCCAGGCAAGCAGUCCUGUAGUUCUGUACAUUCAACAACCCAAAUAUAGUACCUAGGCUAUAGUUCAUAACUGUAAUUUGUAUGUACAUAGGUAAUGCUUAUUCAUUUUGCUAUCUAACAUACGCAUUGGCUGUCAAUUUCAUUUCAAUUCAAAUUCAUAUAUCACAAUCCAUUCCUCAGUCAACACAUUCAUGAGUACCUGGUACACCUACUCAAGGUUCAUUUCUCUAAAAACAAUUCAGCUUGAAUUUUAACAUAGGGUAUGAUAAAUCGUGUAUUUAUUUUGUAAAUCAUAGUGAUAUGUAAGCUGUAAAAUUUAAAUUAUUUAAAUAUACCUACUUGUUAGUUUUGUUA